AUGACACCUCAAGUAAAUAGUUCGGAUUCAAAAGAAAAUAAUACAAUUCAAGCCAAAAUUGAAACAAAUAAUUUUGAAAGUAACGAAAAUUUACCAACCGCAGAGCUUACUGGGUUUGAUAAAAAGCUUAUUGACUACGAGCAACAAAUGGAAACGCUUAACAUGCUAAUACGAGAAAAACUCUUGAAUAAUCCAGAGGAUACAGAAAUCGAGUCUCUAAGAGCUGAACGUAGAUAUCUAUACCAGCAAAUGGAGCAAUUUGAAGAAAAAGUACAAAAAUCUAAAAAAUAUUCUUCAACUCCAAAGCCAAAACUAUUCACAGCAAUUCCAAAAAUUGAUACGCGUGAAAAUAGAAUUACUGAGACUCCUAAAGCCGAAUUACCGAACCGUAAUUCGAAUGAUAUCAAGGAGGAAGCUCCUUAUGAGGUAAUUCAUGAUGAUGAUUCACUGGUUAAUACAAUUCGUGAAACUGUAGAUUUGUAUUCACCGAAAACUAAGCUGCCUGAUAAAAAAGUAAAUUUAGUACCGGAAACUCCAGCAACGCCAAAGCCAGCUACAAAAUCAGGUGAGAUUCUUGAUUCUCCAAAGCCUGCUCGACGAGUUAGCGCUGAUAACUUUGAUAUUCCGCUGAUUCCGAAAUUUACACCGAAAUCUUUCGAAGAAAUGCAAGCUCAACUUGCACAGCGUAGUAACAGCAAUAAGAGUAUCGAUGGAAGUGUUAAAGGUACUCCUGAUAAUUCGACAAAUGCAAGUCAGAGAAUGAAUUCGACUGAAAAUGUAGUUAGUAGCUCUGUAGUGGCAGAUAACUCCACAACUGGAAGUCAAAAUCGCGAAAGUAGUCAAUUGGUAAGUUCUCGUUUGUUAUUAAAUGAUGGAAAUUCGUCUGGUCCGAUAAUUCAAACAGGUAGCGUCCUUCCAAUACCAUCAAAGUACAUGAUCAAUGAUUUGGAAGGUGAAGUUGAAGAUACACCAAAUCUUAUUGAUGAUGAAGAAGCUGAUGGAUUCAUGGAUAACGAUAAUGAAAUACAGGUUAGUAUUUCACCAGCUUUAGAAACGAAAAUAAAUGAAGUUAACAAGAAAGUCUUUAAGCAUUCUCAUUUUAGAGGCCGUCAAAGGGAUGCAAUUGCAGCAGCCUUAAAUGGCGAAGAUGUUUUCGUAUUAAUGCCAACAGGAGGUGGAAAAUCUCUUUGUUACCAGCUUCCUGGAUUCAUUCAAAUGGGUGUUACCAUUGUAAUUUCUCCUUUAAUUUCUUUAAUUCAAGAUCAAGUUCGAUCAUUAACAGAAUUAGGACUUGAUGCAAUGGCAUAUGGCCAAGAAACAACAGCAGCAGACUAUAAUGAAAUAGUUAGAAAGAUAAAUAAUGGAAGAUUAAGAUUCUUAUUUAUGACUCCAGAGAAAAUCAUGAUGGGCUCAAUAAAUACAAGAUUCAUUGGUUCUAUCUAUGAGAAGAAGAGAUUAACAAGAUUUGUUAUUGAUAAAGCUCACUGUGUAAGCCAAUGGGGACAUGAUUUUCGUCCUGAUUACACUCAACUUGGAGUUUUGAAGACAAUGUAUCCUGAUAUUCCAAUCAUGGCGUUGACAGCUACAGCAACAGAUGCAGUACAAAGAGAUAUCAAAGAAAUUCUUAAUAUUAGGAAUUGCCACGUUUUCAAAUCAUCUUUCAACAGACCAAAUAUUUUCUACGAAGUCAUUCAAAAAGAAGAAAAUUCAAAGGAUGAAAUGAUUAGAUGGAUCAAAGCACAUGGGUAUGAGAAUUCCACAGGAAUCAUCUUUUGUAUGACAACACCCGAAACAGUUAAUUUAUCCCAGUACAUGAAUACUAAAGGAUUUAAUACUGCUUAUUACCAUGGAAAAAUGGAAAAUGCCGAUCGUAAGAAAGUUCAAGAAAUGUGGAUGAAUAACCAAAUCAGAGUCAUUGUUGCAACACUAGCAUUUGGAAUGGGUAUUGAUAAACCUGAUGUUAGAUAUGUCAUUCAUAUGACAAUGCCAAGAUCACUAGAAGCUUAUUAUCAAGAAAGUGGAAGAGCUGGACGUGAUGGUAAACAAAGUCACUGCCUUUUGUUCUUUUCUAUGGGUGAUAAAGCAAGAGUUCAUAGACUAAUUUCUUAUACUGAAAGCGAAGAACAAAUAAAGAAUAAAGACAGAUUGGAAGUUGAAGAAAAUCUAUUAGAACAUAUGGCAGAAUAUGGCUUAGAUAAAACAACAUGCAGAAGAGUUUUGCUUUUGUCUUAUUUCGGAGAACAAUUCGAUCCGGAUAACUGUGGUAUGACAUGUGAUAAUUGUCAAAAACAGAAUCUCAAUCGAGCUAAAAUCGAAUAUGAUUUGACAGCGCAUAUGAAGAAUAUUGCGAAUUUGGUUAAUGAUAUCAAUAAGAAACGCAAGUCAUCUCCAUAUGCAACGACAAAUUAUAUUAUUGAUGUUUAUGUUGGUUCCAAAGCCAAAAAAGUUACAGAUUCAAGAGAUAACAAUCUCCCUGAAUAUGGUUUAGGAGUUGAACUUAGAGGAGCGAAGAAAAUUUUUAUUCAUCAAUGUUUGCAAGAAUUACUAAGAAGAAAUGUUUUGAAAAUGGAAAAUCAUGAUUCACAAUAUGGAGUCAUAGAGUUUUUCAAUGCUUCUGAUGGAUUUCAAACAAAAGUUCAAAAUUUGCAACCAUUUAUUUAUGCAGAAUAUGUUGAAAGCGAAGGCGAUGAAUUAUCAAGAGAAGACAUGUUCAUAUUCAAGGAAUUGGUAAAGAUGAGAGAUUUCCUUAUUCAAGAUGCAAACAGAGAAUCAUUUAUGCCUUCAACAAUGCUGCAACUCAUCGCUAAAAUUAAGCCAAAGACUACAGAAGAGUUGAAGAAGAUGAAGGUUAUGAAUAAAGGAAGAAUGGAUCGACUUGGUCAUGCAAUAUUAAAUGUUUUGAAUAGCGGUCAAUUCAAUCCUGAAGGAAUUCAAUCGAAUCUUCAUAAAUAUCAAGGACACAUUACUCCAUCAGCAAUUCCUUCACAACAACAGAUUCCACCACCUCCUCCACCAGUCCAGCAGACUCCAAGGAAAACUAGAGGAAGAAAGAAGAAGAAUGCUCAGUCAGAAACUCAAGCCACUGAAGAUCAAACUCAACAGCAAAGUUCAGUUUCUUUGCCACUUCCUCAACCCCAGCAACAGUCACCAAAUAUUCCAACUAUUCCUCCUCAACAAAGUAUACCAGUUAAUCCUCCUCAACAAAAUGUUCUAGUUAAUCCUCCUCAACAAAAUGUUUCAAUUAAUCCUUCUCAGCAGCAGAAUGUUUCAAUUAAUCCUCCUCAACAGCAGAAUGUUCCUGUUAUUCCUAUGAAACAACCAGUCAUUCCGCCAACUUCUGGAACUAUGCCUAGGAACAUUCCAAAUCAACAAAACUCAUCUGUUCAACAAAAUAUUCCAGCAUCAAAUCAGCAAGUUCCAAUCAGACAACCUAAUGCUCCUAUCACAGUGCAACCUAAUACUCCUUCAACGCAACAACGACCAGUUCAAACUCCUCAAAGUUAUCCAUCUCAGCAGAAUAUUCCAAAGCCAAAUAUUCCAAAAGUUCCGCAGACUCUACCUCCAGAUUUGGAUAUUGUUAUACCUGUAGGUCAUACUCCGCCUCAUUCUCAAAACAAGCCAAAGAAUCGACAAGCCAAAUAUCUUGAAAGCCAAGCCAUUAAUUAUCAAAUGCCUCCACCAAGAACAGUUCCUGCUCCAGAUUUUGAAGAAAUUACUGCUUCAUCUCAGAGAGAAAAGAAAAAUACUGCAAACUCGACACCAAAGAAAUCUCCAACAAUUGUUCAGAUUCCUCAAAAUAUCAUUGCUGCAAACAUUGCAAUGGCACAGCAACAAAAAGCUCAAGCAAAUUCUACUCCACAACAAAAACCAAAACAUUAUAUUGCCCCAAUUCCAGAAGAAAUUGUUGAAGAGGAGCGACAACAAAUGCAAACUCCUACUCAGCAGCAAGCUCCACCAAAGCCCACACCACCACCAUUUAAACCUAUUCAUCAUCCAGAAACAUAUUUAAUUGAUUCUGAUUCAAGUGUUGAAGAAGUUCCUUCUACUCCUGUUAAGCCUAUCAAUACACCUGCUCAACAAAACAAUAUUCCUAACUCUCCUUCACCUGCUAUAUUACAAAAUAACAUUUCCCAGAAGCAGAUACCAUCAACUCCAGUUGUUUCUCAGUCAAAAGAGCCUCAAACUCCUCAAAGAAGUGAGAUUUCUCCUGCUCCAACUCCUCCAAGACAAGCAAUGGAUCAAAUGGGAGCUGGAAUUCCUCCACCUCCAAAGAACAUUACACCAGAAGUUGCUGCAUGGCUUGCCCAAGUCUUUACACAAAUGGCACAAAAUGGAAGCCAAUAA